GGUUUCUCCUUCUGUCACGUCCUCCGUCCUUACCUCCGCCUUCGUUUAUCAUGCCGUCUCAGUCUACGCUGAGCAAGGAAGAGAAGGACAAAGUGAAAUCCGCUAUUCCAGCCCCCUCAAACAAGAUUUUCUAUGCCACGCUUGCCCGAGUCUACUACGCUUACCCGCAGCCGGACGAAUGGUCGUAUUCUGGCCUUCAAGGCGCUCUUGCGCUCACCAAGAACAACUCAAGUGGCGCGCUUUCAUUUAGACUUGUAGAUUUGAGUGGUACAAGAGGUGUUAUAUGGGAACACGAAUUCUACGAUGGUCUGGAUUACUUUGCCGACAGAGCGUUCUUCCAUUCAUUUCCUGGCGACGUCUCUAUGAUUGGAUUUGUGUUCUCCAAUGAGUCGGAAGCCAAAGAUUUCUGGAAGAAAGUGCUCAAAAAGAAGGAUGAGAAGCGCACUGUUGACUGCUCUUCCAUAGCGCCCAAGCCUGAGACAGAGAAGAAGAAGAAGAAGAAGACAAACAAAGGGGGCAAGAUAGACAAAUCCAUGAUUUCAGGACCAACGUCCGGAUCGUUUGUUCACGUUGCGCAUAUGGGCUAUGAUUCAGAGUCCGGCUUCACUUCGAAGGGAGUCGACCCAUCAUGGACAGCUCUACUUGGGCAGCUCGAGAAUUCGGGUAUCGACAAGGAAAUGAUAGCAAAGGAGAUGGACUUUAUCAAGGACUAUCAGCCAGCAGUUGCGAAGGAGCCUAAGAAACCGAAACCGCCACCACCACCGUCACGGAAAGCUCACGGACAGAAUGACAGUAUUAGUGCGCCACCACCACCGCCACCAUUACGAGGACGCCCUCAACUGCCGGCAGCUGCCCCUCCACGCACGCCACAGCCCCCGGCCCGCCCACCACCUGCUACUACAAGUGCACCACCGCCACCCCCAGUCCGCCCGCCAGUCCGAGCAACUCCGGGACCGCCUCCGCCCCCGGCCCGGCCAACGAGCUCAGUACCUGUCGCUCCUCCUCCUCCUCCGGUCCGGCCUUCCCCUUCUCCAGCACCACCGCCGCCAACAGAAGGUGCUCCUAUUUCUUCUCCCCCUCCUCCUCCCCCUCCGCCGCCACCGCCGCCGCCACCACCUACAGGAGGAGCUCCUCCACCUCCACCUCCACCUCCACCACCGCCUCCUCCGCCUCCAUCUGGAGAUCCUCCACCUCCCCCACCACCUCCAGCUGUUGGCGACGGCGGAGUGGUCGCAGGGUUACCUCCUCCACAACCUGGACGCGGAGACCUUCUCGCUUCUAUUCAAGGAAAAGGUAUUCAUUCCCUUCGGAAGACAGAUUCCAAUUCUUCGCCGCCGUCUGGUUCGUCUCGGGGAGAACAAGUUGCUACCGGUGCGGCCGUGGGUGCUGCUGCUGGAGCUGGAGCUGCUGCUGGAGGUGAUUUGACGUCUGCAUUGGCUGAGGCACUACUAGCCAGAAAUAAGAAUAUGGGAGAGAGCGAUGACGACGACGACGACGAUGAUGAUGAUUGGGACUAAUUUUUACAAGUUGUUGUUCUGCACUGGAUAGUAAUUUGCUAGACGACGCAUAAUGCUAAGUACCCUUAUUUUGAAUAACUAGCCCGCUACAAGGAAUACAUGCAGAAAUGAUGGUGCUGUUUUUUAUGACGACUAAAUUCAAAAGCCACAAUUUCUUUUCUUGAAGUCACUUUGCAUUUUGCCUCUACGGCAACGUCUCCAUCCUCAUCAAUUUGAAUGAAAAAACCUUUCACGUAUUGAUACGUUUCUUGAUAUAAUAAAAUGUAGUUCAUUUAUAAAGACUACCUUACCUGUGACUCAGACUGUACAUUGCAAAUUGAAAUAUAUAUAUAAUAGUAUUGAAUAUCA